AUGGUUGUAUGUCUGCUAACAAUAUCAAAUACAGGCCCCAGAAGACACUGGUCUUUGCCGGGGAUGCCAUUAUCUCUAUCUCGCCCUAGGAAAAGCUCGAAUCCAACUCCUAUAAGUGUGAACAGUGUGCCGGCGCUGGCGUUGCGACCGCCAAAUUUCUCUUCUCCUGGAAUCAUGGUUGGGGAAGAGCGGCAGCCAAGGUCACAGCAAAAUUGGGUUGAAUUGCCUUCUAUUCGACAGGCUGUUCCCGAGAUUAUCAACAGCCGAGUAUCUACUCAGACCCCGGCUUCUGAGUACAGAGAUGAUGUUUAUUCCCCUAAGAAUGCAUCGGGAGUGUCCAACACCCCUGUCUACGUUCAAUCGCCACCUCUACAUAAACGUCGGAGGCUUUCAUGUGAGGAGGACAAUGAAAUCGAAUUCCGAGAGCGUACAGGUAGAAAGAGGUACAGAAGUCCGAGCGGACCUAAUCAAAGAGCCGAAAGUGUAACGAUCUCCCCAACCUCUUCAACACGACAUGCAAGUACACUGCAUUCUACCGAAUCCUGGUCCUCAUCUGGUCGGAGCAGUCCGUAUCUGCAACCACGAGGACAUACUGCUGUGAGAUCGCCACAUUACGAUUGCAACCCCGUCUUUGAGUCUUCGGGUAUGAACAGGUCCGACUGGAGGCCAACCCUUCCAAGCCUCCCUGCUUUGACUCUCGAUCGUGGGCCCCCUCAAGCGCCCUCCCUUCGUAACAAUGUUGGCGAAUAUGCUCUAGAUUCUUCCCGUUCUGGAGUCCGAACGUAUCCCCAGGCGCAAAGUUCCUCUUUUGACCCUCCUGUUUCAUCGUACCAUCAACCGACAAUCUCCUAUGGUUACCAACAGCGUCGAGGACAGUCGUACUCGGGCUCUUCUCAUGACCGAACACCUUUUUCCAACAGUCAACAUGCUAUGUAUGGUGAAAGCGGGUUCCAGUAUGGCAUGGGUGAUCCCGGACAUGAUAGCAAGCAAAGGAAACGGAGAGGGAAUUUGCCAAAGGCGACAACUGACAAGCUCAGAGCUUGGUUCUUAGCUCACUUGCAACAUCCAUACCCCACGGAAGACGAGAAGCAGGAUCUGAUGAGGCAGACCGGCUUACAGAUCAAUCAAAUUUCAAAUUGGUUCAUUAAUGCACGCCGACGCCAACUUCCAGCGAUGAUCAAUAAUGCGCGUGCAGAAUCAGAUGCAAGGUCAGCAAGGGGUAGUAGUGAUCGAAAUCUUCUUGCUGAGAUCGCAGUCGAUUACGGAGACGACAAACGCUGUGGUGCUUUAGGAGAGAGCGAGGAAGAUGGUGAAGAUUAUGAUGAUGAGUAUGACGGACUGCGGUCACGACAUGUCUUCCAUCGUAAUUCGAAGAGUGGGAGUUUAUGA